AUGUUUUUCCUACAGGCGUUCUCCAUAAACUACUUCGAAACAACGUCCGCGCCCGCAACACCAGACUCUUGCGUCAAGAAACAUAAAACCAACGCAGAUUACAUAGAUGAGUGUACCAGAGAGGCGAGGGUCGACAAGAAGUACAUUAAUAAGAUGAAGACCGGCCAUUGGUGGAAUUUACCGAAAGUAACCACUUCCCUUAAAUACUGGGCGUUCUGCUAUCUAAAGAAAUUACAGAUUAUGAGUGAGGCGGGGGUUUUGAGGCAAGAUGUGGUCCUUACUAACAUGAAGGAUACAGAAAGAGACAUGGUUGUGAAGAUAAUAGACAAGUGUCUGUUCAAAAUGGCUCACCUUCCCAUCGAAACUGCAUGGCAUUACCUCUACUGCUUCCACGUUAAAGAUGAAAAGCUUAGCAGACGGAUUCAUGGCAUUUAGAAGAAUAUACUACGAUAGAAUUCGAUAAAAAAUUAACCAUGACCUUGAUGUUUGGUUUAUAUCAAUUUGUACUGUAAUAAUAUAUACAACCUAAAAUAUA